AUGGAGCUUGUGGUGGGCGCUUCCGAGGCGACGAUGAAGUCUCUCCUGGCCAAGUUGGGUGGCCUUCUCGCCAAGGAGUACACCCUGAUCAGGGGCGUGAGAGGCGACCUCCAGUACAUCAACGACGAGCUCGCAACGAUGCAGUCCUUCCUUCGUGACCUUGGCACCGUGGACAAGAAACAUGGCCACCGGACGAAGGACUGGAUGAAGCAGAUCCGGGACAUCACCUACGACAUUGAAGACUGCAUCGACGACUCGGCUGACCGUAUCCACGGCCUCCGCUCCGAUAUGUGCUGCUACGUCCUCUUCAACAGCAUACAUGAGGUCAUCACAUGGUGGCCGCGCCGCGACGUUGCAACCAGGAUCUCCAUGCUCAAGGUGCGUGCACAGGAGAUCGGAGAGCGGCGCCUGAGGUACGGCGUCAACAACCCCGUGGAAGACUCUGCCAGUGCGGAUGCUCCCAACACCGCUGCUGGAUUUUUAGCUGCCGACAACCAGUACGCAAGUCUUCAGCUUGUGACUAUGAAGGACCCUGUGGGAGUAGAGAAGCACAUGGGAGAGCUCAACAAGCGCGUGACUUGCAUUGUGGGGUUUGGAGGAGUGGGGAAGACCGCCAUAGCCACCGCCUUGUGCAUGAAUUAUGGAGAGAAAUUCGACCAUCGUGCCAUGGUCAUGGUGUCUCAGAGCUCCGACCUGGAGGCCAUCCUCAGCAGCAUCAAGAGUCAGCUAAAUCCACAGAUCGACAAUCAUGAUCAGCAAGGCAGUUCGAAGAAGAAGCUCCUCGCACGCUUCAGGCAAGGCGCGUCAACUGUCAUGGCCAAGUGCUGCAACGCUGGCGCCUCAGAGAAAACACGUGACAGGACGAAGCUAAAAGACCUCGAGAAGUACUUCAAGGGCAAGAGUUUCUUGCUCUUAAUUGAUGACGUUUGGUCCGCGACGAUGUUGGAGAAUAUUAUAAAUGAACUUCCUGAAAGUCAAAACAGUAGAAUAAUAGUUACAACACGGUUUCAUGCUGUUGCAACAACACGAAGAGCAGAAGAAAUUGACAUUCGUAAUGUUAAAGGUCUUGAUUAUACGCAAUCAAAGAUAUUAUUUGAGCAAGCCUUGUCAGAAUCCCAAGGAAGCAAGGAUGUUACUACACUGGUCCAAGCUGAUCGUACAACUACAAUACCUACGAAAGAAGGUAGCAAAGAUGUACCAUUCCUGGAUGAAGUCCGGAAGAUGUGUGGGGGGCUGCCGUUGGCCAUAGUUAUCAUGGCCGGUCAUGUGGCCUGCAACCCAAGCAAAACACUGGAAGCAUGGUUGGAACUUUGCAAAUCUCUGUUUCCAGAGUCAAGGAAGGAUCAAGAGGAAGAUGUUGAGAAAGAGCUUACCCAAGAGCAAGUGGGUAGGAUUGUGAGCCAUUGCUACAAUGACAUGCCUGCUGAAAUAAGGACUUGCUCCCUGUAUUUGAGCAUAUUUCUGAAGGGCCACAGAAUCAGCAAGAAACGACUAACAAGGCGAUGGAUAGCCGAAGGGUUCGUCUGCGAGAAGCAGGGAUUGAGUGUGGAGGAUGUUGCAGAGAUAUAUUUCAAUCAUCUCAUAACGAGGAAGAUCAUCCGACCGGUUGAGCAUAGCAGCAACGGGAAGGUGAAGAAAUUUAUAGUUCAUGACAUGGUUCUUGAGCAUGUGGUUGCAAAGGCAAGCGAAGAGAAUUUCAUCACUGUGGUUGGUGGUAAUUGGCUCAUGCCACCUCCUAGCAGCAAAGUCCGUCGUUUAUCCCUCCAAGGAAGUGAUUCCAAACAUGAGAAGGAUACUGAGAAGAUGAACUUAUCUCAUGUCCGGUCGCUAACCAUGUUUGGGUGCUUGAACAACCAGCUGCCUUCACAUUCAUUCAAGUUCGGAAUUGUACAAGUCCUGGAUCUUCAAGAAUGCAAGGGUUUCAAACAUCACCAUAUGAAGGAGAUAUGCGAAAUGCUUCUUCUAAAGUACCUCAGCCUUCGAGGAACUGAGAUCCAAUGUCUUCCAAAAGAAGUUGGAAAUCUUGUGAAUCUAGAGACUCUGGACAUAAGGGAGACAGAUAUUGUAAGGAUGCCCAAAACUGUGUGCCAACUUGGACAUCUUGUUAACAUACUUGGUGGGAAUAAAAAAACACACACAGCACUGAAGCUUCCUGAAGAGUUGAAUAAGAAGAAGAAAAUGAAGGCUCUACGCAUAUUGUCAGGUGUUGAAGUUGGAGGAUCAGCAGACCUUCAUCAUUUGACCGAGCUAAGGAAGCUUGCCAUCUACAAGCUGAAGACCACGGGGAGUGAUGGAAGUUUCAAACAGUUGAUAUCCUCUAUUGAGUACCUUGGUGGCUACUCCCUGCGGACUCUCAUAAUUGUCGAUCAGUCAACAGACUUUCUUGAACAAUUGGAGGCUCUAUCUACACCACCAAAAUUCCUUGUUGCCCUGGAGUUAUCUGGCAAGAUGGUUAAGCUCCCCAGUUGGAUUGAAAACCUCGGUGCGCUCAACAAGUUAACACUUUCGGUGACAGCUCUCCGGAAAGAUAACUUGCAUCAGAUUAGCAAGAUGAAGGCAUUGUUUUCUCUCACGUUUUCAUUCCCAUUUAGUGCAGAAAAGCAGGAUCCGGAAAUAGUAAACAUUCUUGCACGAAACAAAUUGGAGUCCGAUGGGGAGAUCAUGGUUCCAGAUGGUGGUUUUCAGAAGCUUAAGCUUCUCCGGUUCUUUGCUCCCAUGUUGCCAUUACUGAGCUUUUCAGAAAAUGCCAUGCCAAAACUGGAAAGGCUAGAGCUGCGAUUCAACAUGCUGGAGGGCCUCUUUGGCGCAGAAAACCUUUCAAGUUUGAAAGAGGUAUAUUUGAGAUUGGAGGACAAAGAAGGUGAAGUUAUCACCAAGGAGAUACAAUGUGAGAUGGAGGGUGCAUUUAAGAGGACUGAAGCCAAGACUCCAAGGAUAAUCCUUGACCAAUGA